AUGGACAAAGUCAAGAACAUAAUGCGGAAAUCUGGUCCCGCAGAGGGUCAUGGGGCGCAGGCAUCGCCAGUUCUGAGAGAGCCCAUCGCGAGCGACAGCGAAGCGGCAACUUUUACAGACACGGUAGAGUCGCGGUCGUUUGACGAGGUAAGCUCACAUCAAGGAACGGCAUCCGGUAUCAGUACAUUCAGUGGCUCGCGCCAAGAGGGCUUCGAUAAUCGGUGUCCGGAGUUCAAAGAUCUCAGGAAUCUACCCUUUGUCUCGACCAUGUUGAGCAAGGGCUUCAUGGCAUUCCCAACUGAAAAGUCAUUCUUAGAAUAUCGGCGCAACAAGCGCCGCCUUGAUUCACUCAAUGAUCCACAUGCGCUGGGGUUCCCGUUGUUGCACGCGGUAACUCUCAGCGUGUUCAAGACCAUUAUCAACCGUCACUCACCCAUAAUGCGAAUCCAGAGAUUUACACUUGUAGACACCUCCCAGGACCCUGAUUGGGCUGUAAACUACAAAGAAGAUGACUGUUGCAAACUUAUGGCGUCCAGGGGCCCACUCAAAGUGUUUAAACUGGAUUUUUGCGAAGUUUUUCAGCACAUCGAAACCAGGACUGGCCAUGUAGAUUACAGGUUUUUAUACCGCAUCGACAAUCGACCCAAUAACAACUUUUUCAAUUUAUCAAUGGGAAGCCACGUCCACAGGAGAGAUUGUGACAUCAAAAUCAAUGAUUUGAAGCUUAGAUGGUACGGGACCUCCGGACUUUCAUCACCUUUCGGCACCAACAAAUUUAAGCUUAUGGUACUGGACGAUGUUAUGCCCUCUUUCUUGGAUUAUGCAACAGAUGCAGAAUAUGUCCAGGCCAAGAAGAAAGCACAACCCCUUCGUCCUAUAGCGCAGCUGCCGGUUUGGGGCUCUUAUAGUGACCAACAUGCCUCUAUCAUUCCCAAGAAUCGGACUUUAAGACACGCGAAUGUUAAAUUGAGAGAGCUAUCCGAGUGUUCGCCAGGCAUAAGAGAUGUUCCUUGGGAUACUUUAGUAUUGGCCAGUAUGUCGAUGCUUCUACAUGAGCUUGAAUCAAAGAAGGAAAAGAGUUCUCCAUACAGAACUGGCGGCUUAGCAAUAGGGAGUUUAGCCAUGGCGUUGUAA